AUGGGGGAACCGGGAUAUGGGCUGAUAUCCUCGCCAGUAUCUCUUGUUCAUCACUUGAAGAGAAAGCUUCAGAAUCCCGAACGGCAGUAUCGAUUAAUCCCUGAGCAGGAGGACAUCUAUCAGUUAGAGCCUGAGGAUCUCAUUCGCAAGUAUCGUGACAUGUAUGGCAUUACUUCUGGUGAUGGGGAGUGCUUCUUCUUCUACCCUCUCUGCGGUCGUAACGGCAAAGGAACCGGUAAGUCGAUACGAAAAGGGUUCUGGCAUCCAACUGGUCGGGGAAAGAAGGCUCAGGAAACCAAUCAGAUAAAAUGGGCUCAGAGGAAUCUGGUCUAUUUCCGUGGUAGUCGGAAGGAAAAAGUCUGGACUGACUGGGCUAUGCAAGAAUACACUAUUGAAUCUGAUCUGGUACCUAACUUCUCUCAAUGCCUGUAA